AUGUCGAACCUUCCCCCCAUUUCCUCCUUACCAUCGCUGGCUGCUGAAGAGAGGGCAAGUGUCCUUGACCUGCUCUUCGAGCCCAGCGUUCGUCUACACACACUGUCGGUAGAGCUGUUGGGUAACCAGACAUUCACAUCGUACAAUGAUCUCAUUGCGGCUGUUGGCGUACAGCUGACGGAGCUAUCUGAGUCAUCUUCUGCCAGUGAUACCAAGUGGUUAGAGAGCAUCUUAGGCUCACAUCCUAGACUUGGUGCAAAGAAAGUCGAGAGUGCACAGAGCCAGGCAGAGCAGGCACAACUCAACACUGGCGGUGAAGAAGAGGCCCAAAAACUACGCGAAUUGAAUGAGAAAUACGAAAAGACAUAUCCUGGACUGAGAUAUGUUGUCUUUGUCAAUGGCCGCAGCAGACCCGUCAUCAUGGAGGAUAUGAAGCGUAGAAUCGCUGCUGGAGAUAUUGCCGCGGAGCGAGCAGCCGCGAUCAAGGCCAUGUGUGAGAUUGCUGCUGACCGCGCAGGCAAGUUGCAGAAAGCGUGA